CACAAUUACAGCAGUCGCAGUCCAAUCUUCAAAGUUCGAACCAUUUUAAUUUCCAUAGACCCAAAGUGCCCACCGCCAUGCCCGCCCUCAGCACUACUGGCUCAGCCACCACAACUGCCACCUCCUCCCUCGCAUUACUAAAUCAUGAAAAACCCACAUCAAAACUCCUAAGUUCCCUCUCAAACUCAGUCAAAUUCCCUCUCAAUUUCAAAACCCUAAAAAACCCUGAACUCUCGAUCGAAGCCAAAUCCGCCACUUCGUCUUCCAAUCUCUCCACCACCAAUGCCGUCUCUGCCUUCUCCGCCCCAAGUUCUCUAAAAUCUCGCCUCUGAAACGGCGAAACUCUCUACGGAAUCUUCCUCCUCAGCUUCUCCCCAACCAUGGCCGAGAUCGCUGGCCUAUCCGGUUAUGACUUCGCCGUCGUGGAUAUGGAACACGGUCCGGGUGGCAUCACUGACGCUCUCCACUGCCUCCGUGCUCUCGCCGCGACUCAAACCCCAGCGAUCCUCCGGUUGCCGGAGAGUUCUCCGACGUGGGCCAAAAAAGCCUUCGAUCUGGGCCCGCAAGGGAUUAUGUUUCCGAUGAUCGAAAGGCCGAAAAUGGCUCGGAAAGCGGUGUCGUAUUGCAGAUUUCCACCAGAGGGUAUACGCGGAUCAGCUCAUACGGUAGUGAGGGCAUCCGGUUAUGGAAUUGAUGAAGGGUAUUUGAGUAACUACGUGGACGAGUUAUUGAUUAUGUGCCAGGUGGAGAGUGAGGAAGGUGUAAAAAAGGCUGAGGAAAUCUCAGGCGUAGAUGGGGUUGAUUGUGUGCAAAUGGGACCGUUGGAUUUGAGUGCUAGCAUAGGGUACUUGUGGGACCCCGGGCAUAAGAAGGUUAGGGAGAUGAUGGGAGAGGCUGAGAAGGGAGUCUUGGAAGGUGGGGCCUACUUGUGUGGUUUUGCAAGGCCACAUGAUGGACCCAUUAAUCUCAAGACACGUGGAUAUCAUAUGGUGUCUGGAACUGUUGAUCUGGGGCUGUUUAGAAAUGCCGCUGUUGAUGAUGUGCGGAAGUUUAAAAUGAGUUCGAUUCAAGGGUCUGAUGAUGAGGUGGGGGGUAGUAAAGAUGGUGAUGAGAAGUACUGGAGUGAAUGAGAAUAGAGUUUUUUUUUA